CAAACAUCGUGGAGCUAACAUUCUCUGUCCAGUAAUGAAAGAUGCAGCUUGUAAACUGCAAAGAUACCUUCUUACUCUGAAGAGCUGUCUGUGAGAAUUUUGAGUGAUACUGCAGCUCAAAGGGCAAUUUUAUGCGUUUCAAAAGCAAAAGUGUGGUGUCAACUUUCAGCUUCCAUAAGUAUGAUGUAUUUCAAGCUGUCACGGAAGAGCUGGCUAAUGAAAGUUUGCAUGCUGUCUUUCAGCAGGGGGAGAAGUUCCACACAGCAGCUAAUAGAAUAAUUGCUAGCCUAUUCAGACAAUUAUCAGCUGUAAUCUUCUUGGUCCCUCCUAUCAGGAUUGGAAGAGUAACUGAAAUUUGAAUCCCAUGCUAAGGGCUCUUACUAAGCACUCCUAGUCUUAGUAGACAUUCUGAUGUCAUAGAGCUAAACAUUUCUACCCAUAAGUCUUAGUAAACUUCGAGUCGAUAAGCAAAAUUUGGAAAAGAGGCUUUACACAAGAAGAAACUAGUGGCCAAAGUCCAGAAUGGUUUUUGUUUUAUCUCAGAAAAUCUGGCAGAGUUUUGGCAUCUUUAAAUUCUGACUUAACCACAUAAACUUAUACUUUCAUAUCAGAUUGCUUUUUAAGUGAAUGUUUUCAGCUCUGUAAUUAGUAAUGCACAAUAGAGGCUUUGGCACUUAAUUACAGCAUGGCUAAGACAGUAAUAACAUGAGAAAUGCCAGCAUUGAAGGCAGUACUUCUUGACACAUCGUUGGCUACAUUCUUAUUGGCUGGGAAAGAAUUAUAUAUGCUUACUGAAUAAACCGAACAGAAAUGAAGGCGUGUGCGGGGAUAGCUCACAAGAGUUUACAACAGGUACUUCAAGUUUAUUCAAGUCCAGUCAUUGCUGCUGAUUUGGGCGAACACAUCAUGGGCAGCAGGAGUGAAGAAGACCAGGAAAUCCUCUAGUCUAGAAGACUCCUACGCAUUCUGCAUCUUGACCAUCUUCCUACCCUUCCAGGCUGGACCAGUGGGCUAAGGAAAGACAAUGGCUUUUUAUCCCGUUCAGAUUGCUGGACUAGUUCUUGGCUUCUUUGGUUUGGUUGGGACGGUGGGGACAACACUUCUGCCUCAAUGGAGAGUAUCAGCUUUCAUCGGCAGCAACAUUAUUAUCUUUGAGAGAAUCUGGGAAGGGCUUUGGAUGAAUUGUAUCCAGCAAGCUAUGGUCACGUUGCAGUGCAAAUUCUAUAACUCCAUAUUGGCUCUCCCUCCGGUACUGGAAGCAGCGCGUGCACUCAUGUGUGUGGCCGUGGCUCUUUCCUUGGUCGCUCUCAUUAUCGGCAUCUGCGGCAUGAAACAGAUUGAGUGCACCGGCUCCAGUGAGAGGGUCAAAGCCUACUUGCUGGGAACGUCAGGAGUACUCUUUAUUGUGACUGGUAUCUUCGUUCUGAUUCCAGUGUCCUGGACCGCCAAUAUCAUCAUCCGAGAUUUCUACGACCCAACCAUCCACGCAGGGCAGAAGCGGGAACUUGGAGGAGCUCUCUUCCUUGGCUGGGCAACCGCUGCUGUCCUCUUCAUUGCAGGCGGGCUGCUCUGUGGAUACUGCUGCUGCAACAGGAAGGAACAGUGGCGUGGAUACCCAGUCUCUGCCUACCGCGUGCCACCAAAAGACAGCCAGAGGAAGGUCACUGUGCCUAGAAAAACCUCCACCAGUUAUGUCUAAGGCUUGCUUUCAACACCAGCUCGUGGCUUAUGCUCGGUGUUUUAUAAAGUCGCCCCAGAAACUGUGAGUACAUAAGGCAGGAGAACUACUUUUAUAGCAGAUUUGAAUUGAGAUGGAAGUUAUGAUGUUUUUCCCUGAGGAGGAAUAUAAAUGACUUAUUUGGACAUUGGGAUUCCCUGUGUGUUAUUCGGACUCACGCUUGUUGAACUCAAUAUUUAGUCUAAUUUAUAGAGUAAAGCAUCAAGUAUAUUCUCAGUUAUGGUCAUGUAAUUAUGAUUACUAAUUUUUGCUUGUCAUGUAUUCUAAUAAGAAAGUAAAAUGUUAGAUUAUAGUUGAUAUCAAUAAAACAUACCCAUUUUCGAACAUAGCCUAUUAUUUACACUCCAAUUUUUUUAUUACAUAUAUAGUAAUAGCUAAACAGUGAUAAGUGUGAAGCAAUAGACCUGGAAAAUUGAUAGAUUUAAUAAUUUUGGAUGAACUCAUCGAAGGAUGUGACUGACUAUUUAAUAAAGAUGUUUUUAAAAUUUCUUCUUGAAAAUUUCUAAAAGUUCAACUUCCUUUAAGGAUAAAAGUAUUCUGUUCUCUCUUCGCAAGAUGGUUUUCAAAGCCUCCCAUUUAUGUAGGUUAAUCUUCCUGGGACCCAUCCAUUCAAAGAAAAGAAUUUAUAGGUGAAAAGAAUAUGCUCUCAAGGCUUAUGAUUUGUACAUUCAAGCAAGCAGGUUCAUCUAUCUGGGUUAGGCAAAGAAUUAAACUAUGACAAGUGAAGCCCUUGUUGAAAGAGUCCACAGGUUCAAGCCUUGGAGGAAAGGCUGCAGUUCCCCAUCCUAGUUAGUAGGUGUACAUGUCUGAACAUGCAAAGGGAAGAACCGAGUGCUUAUUCAGACAAUUAGUCAGGCUGAAAUGAUUCCUACUUUUUUAAAUUCUCUAACAAACAAAUGGCGAUGUGGAUGCGUUGAGUCAUGCUUGGAACAUUGUUCUCAGUUCUUUGCAUCUUGUGUGUACCUAACAAUAUCAAGGUUAAAAGUGGAAUGGGGUUUGAGAGGUGAACGUGGGUAUGAGAUGUCAGUGAGAAAAAUCUAUUCUUGAAGUUGGCUUCUAAUAGCUUUGCUAUGCUGCGGAUCAGUGUUUAGCUAUUCAAUAUUAAUCCUUAAAUGGUAUAUUUAUUUUACAAUAAAAUAUUUAAUACCCAGUAUGUAAUUUCAGAAGAUGUUUUAAAUUGUUCAUCAAAUAUUUCUCGUGUUUUCAUGUGUAUCGUAAUAUAAUAAGCUAGUAAAAUUGCUAUGUCUUCCAGUGAUAAAGAUUUGGUUACUUAUAAGAUUAGUCGGAGAAUGCAUAUCUAUUCUUAAGAGUCUAUCCUGUUAACUGACACAUUAAUGUAACAAUGACUCAAAGUUAGACCCUGUAUGAAAUCCUUUCUUUAUUUUACCAGCCAACCAAGUUUUCAAUAGUUCAAAACCCUUUAACAGAACAAAAACUACAUUAAAAACAUAUGGAAUGUUAAAUGCAACCUGUAACAUAGCUGUAAAUAUUUUCAAAUAAAAGCAAUAAAAGUAUUUGUAAUAGUA